AUGAACCAGCAGAUUCAACAGGCUGUUGAAAUUGCUAACUCGUCCACGGCGGACCAUGAACUGAAAAAACAGGCCCUUGACUUUCUUGAGAAGGCAAAAAGCAACGCCUCGGCGGCCCAAGUAUUUGCGUCACUUGCGCAGGAUCCCUCGAGUUCAGAUGUCAGCAGGUUCGUUGCUCUGCAAGUUCUAAGUGACUUGGUGUUGGGCAGUUCUGGCGAGCAAUUGGAGUUAUUGAAAGGCUCCUGUAUGACUCUGCUGAGAUCCAAAAGUCAAGUAGAGGGCGACACACAACCAUCACCAGAAUAUGUCAGAAAUAAAAUAGCUGAGCUGGCAUCCCGACUAUUCUACCGUAUGUACGGCGAGUGCAAUGGUAACCUUUGGCCCAACUAUUUUGGGGACUUGAUCCAACUUUUAAAUAUUGAAGGUCUACAGUUGGGGACCUUCACCGAUUUUUCUGCCUCUGGCCUAGAUCUUUUCCUCAAGAUUGCUUUAGCGAUCAACUCCGAGAUUGCAGAUCAAACAUUUGUAAGGUCCAAGGAAAUACAAGCCAAGAACAAUGAUUUGAAAGACGCCAUGAGGCUGCGAGACGUGCAACUUUUAUCAUCUCUAUGGUACAAUUCGUUAAAGUUGUUCCAAAUGCAGCAACACCCGGCCCAGCUCGCAAAUCUUACACUAUCUUGCAUCGGUUCGUACAUUUCUUGGAUAGAGAUUAAUUUGAUCGUGGAACCUCAGUAUAUCAAUAUCAUUUUUGACUUUUUGGAUCAGCCAACUUCCAAAGCUGCAUGCGCACAAUGUUUGUGCGAGAUAAUCUCCAAGAAAAUGAAACCGGGUGAUAAGCUCGCAUUAUUGAGCAUGUUGAAUUUGACAGAAAAAGUUUCCAGCGUUGAAAAUGACGACCUUGAAGUCCAAGAGCAGUUAGCUAAGCUCGCAGCAUCCGUGGGUCUCGAAUCAUCGAUUAUCUUAGAGCAGUGCAAUGACGAGAAUCCGGUCUCGGAGUACCAGGAGAUCGCAACUGCCGCAGAUGCCCUUAUUAUCACUCAAGUUUCUCCGCUUGUCUUAAAAUUUAUGGGACACGAAUAUGAUUCAGUCACCCAACAAACAUUUCAAUUCAUUUCGCACUAUUUACAGUUUUUGAAGAGGUUCUUUGCCCUAGGUGGGAAGCCUGGCAGUGCUGUUGCCAUGAACUCCAAAAGGCUUCUGUUGGAUGCUGACCAUGAAAACUUCUUGGACUCGUUAAUGAAAGUCUGCAUGAAGAAAAUGAUAAUAGAUGAAACUUGCGACGAAGACUCCACUGAUGAGAUUGAAGAGUUCAAUGAAACAAUCCGAUCCAAACUUAAAAUAUUUCAAGACAGUAUAGCCAUUAUCAAUCCUGGCCUCUACCUGCGAAAUGUGACGGACAGUGUAGAAAGCCUAAUCGCUUCAAGUGACUGGAGACAGUUAGAGUUUGCAAUUUAUCAAAUGCAUAACCUGGCAGAGAGUAUAAGGAACAACCUCUUUGGCGUUAACAAACGGGAUAUUUUCUCUUCAGAACCCCAUAGUGUGAUGUGCAAAUUUAUGGCUACUCUACUAGAUAGCACAAACAUUUUCAUGAUCCAAAAUUCACUAAUACAGAUAUUGUUUUUCGAGCUUGUUGUAAGGCAUCACUCAUUUUUGCAGGCCUCUUCUAAAGAUGAGCUAACUCUUCUCAAUAUUUUCUGCAGCGAGUUCGGGAUGUUCAACAAUAAGGAGCGAGUUAGACUGAGAACCUGGUACCUUUUUACAAGAUUCAUCAAGGCCACCAAACCAAAGUUACCGGCCGAUGCCUUGUCAGAACUUCUGUCGAAGGUAUCUCAACUUUUGGUAAUCAAGCCAGUUGAAAUGUCUCAACAACCCUCGGACAUUGAUGUCACAUUUGAUAACCAAUUGUACUUAUUCGAUGGUGUCGGAAUGCUGAUUGGCUCUAGCAUGGAUUCAACUUACAGCUUGCUAGAUGGUGUUUUGGUGCCUCUCUUUUCAGAUUUAGAAUCAUGUAUUUCAGCACCCGCCAAACCCCACGGGUUGGUGAUGCAAACUCAUCAUAUCCUAAUGGCGAUUGGGACUGUUGCUCGCGGAAUUCAUUCUGGCUUGGUUCCAGAGAACCAGGUCAACAACACUGAAACAGCUAGCAAGUUUUUUCCUCGUUCUGUGGUUGAGAAAUUUUCAAAUGUUGCAGAAGUACUUUUGGUAACGUUCUCGUACUUUAAUAAGCAUGAGAUCAUACGCGAUGCAACCAGGUUCUCUUUCGCUCGGUUAAUUCCGAUUCUAAAUGAGGAAAUUUUGUCAUUUGCUAGUCGCUUGAUCGCCAUCAUGUUGAGUUCAGAUUUGAAGGUAUUGGAAUUGAACGAUUUUCUAGGAUUUUUGGGGCAAAUAGUUCACACUUUCCACAAGAGCGACGCUUGUUAUCAAUUGCUGAACAAUUUGCUAACGCCUGUCAUCGAAAAGGUUUUCAAAUUACUAUCGAAAGCUGAUGAAGAUUCUGGUGCUCUACAGUUGAGCAUUUCUGCUACCGCAGCUACCAAUAACGGCAACGAAAAAAAUGUCGUAAUUACGGAUACAUUUCGUGACAAGAUUCUUCUUAAGAAGGCUUAUUACACAUUCUUACAAUCGUUUGUCACCAACAACUCGACGUCACUUUUUUUAACUGAGUCAAACCAAAAUGUUUUACCAAUGGUCCUGGAGGACCUGGUAACCUACGCGCCCGAAGAAAUACACGAGACAUCAUCCAUGAAACUAUCUUUAAAUGUUCUCGUAAACUUUAUCAAGUUUUUGGGGACUGGCGCGUGCACGGACCCUCAGGAUCCCAAUGCCAGCACGUUCGGCAAGCUAGAAGGACUGGAUGAGUUUUUCAUCACCAAAGUGAUCCCAUUGGUAUUUGAAGUACCCUUCAAGCCAGAGUAUGGUUUCAAUGUCCGCGAUGGUAGUUGCAGAGUUGUAGCUUGCGAUUUGUCAAGAAUACUCAGGGCCUUGAGCGGACUUUACGCCAAUUCAAACCCCAGUCCUUGUUUAACCUUUUUGACGGAAACCUAUUUUCCUCAGGUCCAAUUCCCGGAGUCACUGUCUGCCGAAUUUGUAAAUGCGCUGACCAACAGCGAUGACAAAAGUUUCGAAAAAUACUUUGUUAGUUUCAUUACCAGCAUGGUGGGAUGA